AUGGAUCCCCAGACAGGGAGACCCAAGAAAACGAACAGAGAACAUCUAAUUGCUGACAGGCAGGAAGGAAUUGGUGUCUGUGGCUGGAUCCUAGUUUCCCUUUCAUUCCUCCUGGUGCUUAUUACCUUUCCUAUUUCCAUCUGGGCAUGUAUUAAGGUUGUGAGAGAAUAUGAACGUGCUGUUGUAUUUCGUCUGGGACGUAUUCUGUCCAAGAAAGCAAAGGGACCAGGAAUGAUCCUUGUACUUCCAUGUACAGAUACAUUUAUCAAGGUUGAUCUUAGGACCGUGACCUGUAAGAUUCCUCCACAAGAGAUUCUCACAAGGGAUGCUGUUACUGCCCAGGUGGAUGGGGUGGUGCACUACAGGAUCCACAGCGCUGUCAGUGCUGUUGCCAAUGUCACUGAUGUCCACUCUGCGACCUUGCUUCUGGCACAGACAACCCUGAGAAAUGUUCUGGGUACACAGAGCUUGGCUCAGCUGCUGGCAGGUCGUGAAGAGAUUGCACACAGUAUCCAGGCUAUCCUCGACAGUGCCACGGAGCAGUGGGGAGUCAAAGUGGCCCAUGUGGAGAUCAAAGACAUCUGGAUCCCCAUGGCCAUGCAGAGGGCAAUGGCAGCUGAAGCAGAGGCUGCUCAAGAGACAAAAGCUAAGAUUGUGGCAGCUGAAGGAGAAAUGAAUGCUUCCAAAGCUCUCCAGAAGGCCUCCAUGGUGCUGGCUGAGUCUCCGGCAGGUCUGCUGCUGCGUUACCUGCAAACGUUAACAGCUGUGGCAGCACAGAAUAAUUCCACCAUUGUCUUCCCUCUCCCUAUGAAUAUGUUUGGGAGUUUGGGGCAGAAACGUACAGGGAGAUAGAGACUGUUCUAUGCUAGCUCCUAGGCCAGAGAUAUUUAAAGAUUUUCCUAGGAAGCAAAGGGGUCCCAAUUGGCAGAGUUAAAGUAGAAGCACCUUUGGGUCCUCUGCCCCCAAAACAAGUU